GAAGAGCGCAUGACAACAGUCACGUGACGAAAGGUGACAGACAGAUGCACUAAAAUGAUCCUCUGUGAAGACGUUUAACUUAAAUAAUCCUACACUACGAAAGAAAAACAUCAUAAUAUAACUUUUAUUUCCGUUUGACAUGCGCGUGUCUUUCCUGCAGGUCACACCUCGUAACUCCCGUCAGCCGUAUUAGGUUUGUUUCAUUCUCGCAUGAUCACUUUCACUCUCAAUGUAGAGUCAACACAACUACCAAACAGCACCACCUUUACAGCCAAACAAAUGUCUCACAACGACAGUGACCAGGUUAAAGCGUGUUUGGAUCACACCUCAAGCAGUCCAAAAACCGAACAGUCGGCUGCAGGGACCUCACGGAAGCCCUCACAAAGUGAAUCUAUGGACAUUGGGUCUGGUCAAGCCUCUUCCGAUUCAUGUGUACGAGCGGAGUCUGUGAGCUCGACCUAUCCCUUCAGUAUGUUUAAAAAACUUCAGGAGUGCAGCAGGAAGUGUAAAGAGAUAUCUUACAUUAAAAACCACACACAUCUGAUAGAUAUGACAUGGUUUCGUAACGGUGUAAUUUCACCCAGCGAGGGGACUAACAUGUGGGACGCUGACCAUGUGAAGUUACCGCAUAUUUAUCAAUCUGCCACGGGCCACCCAGAGCCCCACAGGACUCACCAAUCUCGCCACCCAGAGCCCCACAGGACUCACCCAUCUCCAUAUCAGGUGCCCCACAGGACUCAAUCUCCGCUCCCUCGAUGGGAAGUCACCCGCAGAGCACUAAAACAGCUUAACAAAGACAAUUUCUCUAUUGGAGAUCUUGAGGAAGCAAUCAUGUCUUACAAUUCUAACUACAGAGGCAAAUGGUCUUUUGAAGUACUUCAGUAUUACUGUCAGAAGCUGCAUAAAGACGAAAAUAAUCUGCCAACAUUGAUCCCUAAAAUAGCCAAACUAGCUCUUGAUUUACCUGGACUCAUUAAACGGGGCAUCCCCCUUCUGAGACGUCAUCAAAAUAAGGCCAUAACUUUGUCUCAGCAGCAGAUAUCGUGUCUGUUGGCCAACGCUUUCUUCUGCACCUUCCCUCACAGGAACAACACUAAAGCUGGAUCAGAAUAUGGCAAUUUUCCAACCAUAAAUUUCAGCAGCCUGUUUGGUAACACUCCAAAAGAUCAUACGAAAGAAGUCCAGAAGGCAGAGAAACUACGUGCCAUAUUUCAUUACUUCAACACCGUGACAAAUGAAGAUUCUUUUCAGCCGCCAGAAGUAAAACCUGAUGGAUUGGUUACAUUUGAAAGGAUCUGCAUUGAUCCGAAACAGCUACCAAUGUGGAAGAAAGAGAAAAAAAAACUGAGAAAUCUUCACGUCACUUCAGAAGGGUCCAUUGACAAAAAAGGCGUAGGGAUGCUGCAGGUGGACUUUGCCAAUAAAUAUAUUGGUGGUGGAGUGUUGGGGGCAGGACUGGUUCAGGAGGAGAUCCUCUUCCUCAUGAGUCCCGAGCUCAUGGUGGCCAGACUCUUCACAGAGAAACUGGAUCAUAACGAAUGCCUCCGAAUCACAGGGAACCAGAUAUACAGCAUGUAUUCUGGUUAUAGCACAAGCUUUGAAUGGGCAGGUCCACACAAUGACACUGUUGAGAGAGAUGGAUGGAAAAGACGCAAUCGUCAGAUUGUUGCCAUUGAUGCUCUGCAGUUCAAAGACGCAAAGGAGCAGUACACCAAAGAAAACAUCACUCGUGAACUCAACAAGGCAUUCGUGGGAUUUCGGGGAGAUCCGGGAGUCCCUCAGGAAUGCCUUCCGGACAUCGCGACAGGCAACUGGGGCUGUGGCGCCUUUAAUGGCGACCCUAAACUUAAAGCUCUCAUCCAGUUGAUGGCCGCCGCAGUGGCUGAGAGGGACAUGGCUUACUUCACUUUUGGCAACCACAAUUUGGCAAGUGAAUUGAAAGACAUGCAUCGCCAUCUGAGAGAUAAAGGAGUGACUGUAGGUGAGCUGUAUAACAUGCUGGUGGAUUAUUCAGGACACAAACGAGAACGUCCACCAAAGGUUGACAUUUACAGCUUCAUCUAUGAAAAGAAAAAGCGUAGCCAGCUGUAAACAUGUCCAUCUGAAUAAUGAAGUAACAAUACUUAUCCAAAAGCUGCUGUACGAAAUUUCAGUUUUAUUUUUUGUGUAAUGUAUACAAAUGGUAAGAUUAUUCACCUGAUAUCAGUUUUUUGUUUACAUCAAAUAUUUGCAUAAACAAGCGGAGACUUCAGAAUUUAAAUGCUUUAUUGAAUGAAACAAUGAUAGCCUGAAAUAAACAUAAUCCUAGUAAAAUAAA